GUGAACACUGCUCAAUCGCCUCGACUCUUUACACCGCUUAAUUUCAUCUGCUUUAAUUCUUUAAUUCACAAACAAUGUCUCUGUGAAAAGACGUCACGCGAUCAUGGAACCCUCAAGUACCCGUACCGAAGCCGAGUUGGAACAAUUCCGCCAGCAAUGGCGCGAAGAAGUGUCGGCACGAAACAAGAAGCCGACCAGCAGUCGUGAGGCAAUCAAGGCCCAAGACAAGGCAGCACAACCCGCCAAACAACGACCGGUACAAGCAGCGACAGCAUCCACUGCCAAGCGGAAAGAUGUCGACUACUCUGAGGAGCUCGAACCACGAGCUUAUCAUGAUCUUCCUGAUAAGGAAGAUCAAUUGAAAUUGGGCGUUGAGGGUCAGGCUCAUGAUCGGAACGAUGCGUUUCGAGAACCAGAAUCGGCUCUAGAACAUUACGAGCGUGCCGUAGAGAGGGAGACUCAGGGCAAUCUGGGAGAAAGCAUGAAGCAUUAUCGAAUAGCGUUCAAGCUCGAUGAUGCCGUCGAUCAAGCUUACAAACGCAAACACUUUCCGGAUUCGUCUUUUGUCAAGCCUAAGCUCACGCAAAACGAUCCAUCCUCGCUGACCUCUACUGCUGCUCAACGUAGUGAAAGCAGCAUACCCGCAACGCUUUUGCAGCUGAUAGAAGACUUCUCAUCGUUACGCAUCGAGCCUCCUGAGCCGCCUACAGACGCUUCGCCACCGGAACGCUGUGCUUUGGGUGAGCUGCCAGAGGAAAUCUUAUCACAGAUCCUCCAACGGCUUGCGAUUGUCGAUGUCGCUUCUUUCGCCCGAACGGCGCGAGUAUGCAAACGUCUCGCGUACCUAGUAAUGACGGAGGAGUCUAUCUGGAAGCGCGUGGCGACAGGAUCCGAAUUCGGCUUCGGCGCGAUGUGCUAUGACUUCGCAUGCGGCAUCAAUGGCGGGCCAUUGAUUAACGAGCCUGAUUACGAUCCUACCUUAUCCUUCUACACUUCAGACUCUAGCAAGACUCUCGCCACCGCUUCAGAGAGUUUCCCCCUUACCACCGCCGAGACCCUUCUCCAGACCAGCUACGCAUCCUCUUGGCGCCAACUCUUCCGCUCACGCCCACGUAUCCGCUUUGGUGGCUGCUACAUCUCGACAGUAAACUACACCCGCGCUGGUGCCAAUUCCACUAACACCCUGACUUGGGGCGCUCCUGUCCACGUCGUGACCUACUUCCGGUACCUACGCUUCUUCCGGGAUGGGAGCUGUAUCAGCCUUCUCACGACGUCCGAGCCGGUUGACGUCGUGCACCACCUAACGCGGGCCAAUCUUCACGCCCACCACUCCACGGGAAGUAUGCUGCCCAACGCAGUGAUGAAAGACGCGCUCCGCGGCCGCUGGCGGCUGUCGUCCCUCAAACACGACGGCCAUGAGGGCGAAUUAUUCGUAGAGACUCAGGGCGCGAAUCUGAAAUACACGUAUCACCUUCAUCUGGCGCUUACGCACGCGGGUAAAGGGGCGCGGAACAAUAAAUUGGCGUGGAAAGGCUUCUGGAGCAAACAUCGGAUGACGGAUGAUGUGGCCGAGUUUGCGCUGCGGAAUGAUCGAGCGUUCUAUUGGAGUCGGGUUAAGAGUUAUGGAAUCAAGGGGGAGUAAACGAUGAAUGUGACGAAAUCUUCUUUUCCUUUUUAAAUCUUGAGACGUAAAACACAUGCUAAAUAUAUUCUCCUCUUCCUCC